AUGGGUAGCUAUGGUGGAGACGAUAGCGGCGUGGAGCUGACCGAGCUGACGCUGGCGCCGCCGGGCGAGAGGGCGCGGAGGGCGAGGCGGGCGAGGAAGAGCGUCGAGGCGGCGGCGUUCGUGAAGGUGAGCAUGGACGGGACGCCGUACCUGCGCAAGGUGGACGUGGCGGCCUACGGCGACUACCUCGAGCUCCUCCAGGAGCUCAACGCCAUGUUCUACUGCUGCUCCAUCGGCCUGAUGGACGGGUACGGCCAGUGGGAGCACGCCGUGGUGUACGAGGACGGCGACGGCGACUGGAUGCUCGUCGGCGACGUGCCCUGGGAGAUGUUCGUGUGUUCGUGCAGGCGGAUGAGAGUGAUGCGAGCGUGCGAGGCGAGAGGGCUGAGCGCCAACGCGUGA